ACAAAUAAAUAAAUGAACAUUGUUUUUAAUGUAGCAUUUAAGACUUUAACUUUGAAAGGGUUUCCGGAAGUGGUAAAGUUAUUAUUCUUGAAGUGACGUUCAGUACGCGAUGACGUCACCAUAACGGGUCCGCAUCCGCAGCUGAUCGGAGAGGCGGUGGUCCCCGAACAUGUCGCUGUUGUCCCGGGUGGACGUGGACCGAACCGCGGCCUGAACCGGAGCUCCAGCACCGCUGCGGAGGGAAGCGCGUGACGGCGGAAGGACGGAGGCCCGCGCGCGGCUGUGAUCCCAAACAAACAAACAACAUGGCGGAGUUUUCUCCCGUCCUGCCGAUGCGGGAUGGAGGCGGAGGACGGUUCGGUCAGCCCAUCUUCCCCCGGUCCAGGUCCGGUUCCGAGUCCGACAGCGAACUGUCCCAGAGCCUGGCCCGGACUAAGAUCCGGUCUUACGGGAGCACGGCCAGCGUCACGGCGUCUCUGGGAGAGAAAUACAUAGAGCAUCGGGUUGCGGACAGUGAUACCCUGCAAGGGAUAGCACUUAAAUACGGAGUGACGAUGGAACAGAUUAAAAGAGCCAACAAACUGUUCAGUAAUGACUGCAUCUUUCUGCGGAACAGCUUGAACAUCCCAGUGGUGUCGCACAAACGCUCCAUCUUUAAUGGACUGUCUCUGGAGUCUCCGGACGGGGACGUGGACGUGACACCCCAGGAAGCAGAUAGACCCUGUGUUAUUUCACAGGAUGUGGAGGGACCGUCGCCACCCCCUACCCCGCCCCCACCCCCUACCCCACCCCCUGAGGACUCCAAACCCCCCCAGCUGCAGCAGGAGGAGCUUUCAGCCAAAGACUUCUUACACAGACUAGACGUACAAAUUAAACAGUCCAAGCAGGCAGCCAGGAGACUGAAGGAGGACCAAGGAAGAGGUAAUGAAGAGGACUGCGCCCCCCCCCAGACAUCAUACCAGGACAUCUGAAAGACACACACACACACUCUCUUCCUUACUGUUUUUUUUUCAGUGUCAUGUUUGCCUUUUUAUUUAUUGGUUCUUUAUUCGAAUGUUUUAAGCUGGUUUGUUUUUUUUUUUGUUUGUUUUUUUUAAACCGUUUUCUUCUUGUGUAACGGAGCACUGGUACAUGUUUGACAAGCUCAUCACCAUAUGCUGUAUAGAAAACACACACACAGUUACUCAUUAUUAGCAGGGUUAGCUUGUUAGCAGUGCUAACAGUGUGGGUUGUUCCUGUAUCAUGGACAGCUGAUCAGGCCUUCAUCAUCAUCAUCCUCUGUAUGAAGAUGCUGCGUUUGCCUCGUUGAAGCGUUCCUCUCAGAUCAGAAGGGACUGCUGUAUUUUUGAAGUGUGAAUGUAUUAUUUAUGCGUGUGUGUGUUGAAGUGUCUGUAACAGCUGUUAUUGUGCUUUAAAUUCUGUCGGUUUUAUUUGGGAGAAUAAAUCUGGAUUUAAACCA